UCCGUUAUGGCUCCAACCACUCGGCUGCGGAGGGGUGUUUGUGGUGGUAUAAUCCGCAAAGGCUCUAGUUUUACCAGAGACAAAUGCUGAGGACGCCCCCCGGGUGCCGGCUCACAUGCAGAGUUCUUCCUGGUUGUGCCUGUGUGUUAUCAAAUAUGUGAAGCUGAGGGUGCUGAGGGCAGGUGAUCAGGAUGGCCUUUGCAGUGCAGGAGAAGCACUACCCUCCGUCUCUACUAAAUUUCUUCAUCUAUAAUCCAAAAUUCGGCCCAAGGGAAGGAGAGGAAGAAAAAAAGAUUCUCUUUUACCAUCCAAAUGAAAUUGAGAAAAAUGAAAAAAUAAAAAAUGUUGGCUUAUGUGAAGCGAUAGUUCAGUUUACCAGGACAUUUAACCCAUCAAAACCAGCACAGUCAUUACACACACAGAAGAACAGGCAGUUCUUCCACGAGCCAGAAGACAGUUUUUGGAUGGUUAUGGUGGUAAAAAAUCCAGUUUUAGAAAAGCAAAAAGAUGGCAAGACUGUUCUAGAAUACCAAGAAGACGAGUUACUGGACAAAGUAUAUUCAUCAGUACUGAAGCAAUGCUACAAAAUGUAUAAGCUAUUUAAUGGCACAUUUACCAAGGCGAUGGAAGCUGGUGGAGUCUCACUUCUAAAAGACAGACUAGAAAAAUUCUUUCAUCGGUAUUUGCAGACAUUACAUCUGCAGUCUUGUGACCUGCUCGAUGUGUUUGGCGGCAUCAGUUUUUUUCCAUUAGAUAAGAUGACGUACCUGAAAAUCCAGUCAUUCAUUAACCGGGUGGAAGAAAGUCUUAAUCUUGUGAAGUAUACAGCGUUCUUGUAUAAUGACCAGCUCAUCUGGAGUGGAUUAGAACAAGAAGAUAUGCGAAUACUGUAUAAAUACCUCACUACAUCGCUCUUCCCAAGACACACAGAACCUGAGCUAGCAGGAAGAGAUUCUCCUAUACGCCCAGAAAUGCCAGGAAAUCUGCAGCACUACGGAAGGUUCCUCACUGGGCCUUUGAACCUCAACGAUCCUGAAGCAAAAUUUAGAUUUCCCAAAAUCUUCGUUAAUACAGAGGACAAGUACGAGGAGCUUUAUCUGAUAGUUUACAAGGCCAUGAGUGCCUCCGUGUGUUUUAUGAUUGAUGCAUCGGUGCAGUUAACACCGGAUUUCUGUAGAAAACUGGACAGUCUCAUAGGACCUCAACUUACAGUGUUAGCGUCGGACAUCUGUGAACAGUAUAACAUCAACAGAAGAAUAUCUGGGUCUGAGAAAGAGCCUCAGUUUAAGUUUAUUUAUUUCAACCAUAUGAACCUAGCGGAGAAAAGUACGAUACACCUCAAGAAAACACCCAGUGUAUCCCUUACCUCUGUACAGCCGGAACUCCUGAAGAUUCUUGGAGACAUAAACAGUGAUUUUACAAGAGUUGAUGAAGAUGAAGAAAUCAUUGUAAAAGCAAUGAGCGAUUACUGGAUCGUAGGAAAAAAGUCUGACCAGCGGGAACUGUAUGUCAUCCUAAACCAGAAAAAUUCCAAUCUAAUUGAAGUAAAUGAGGAAAUCAAGAAGCUGUGUGCAACACAAUUCAAUAACAUCUUCUUCCUGGAUUAACCUUGCCAGCACCAUUCCGAAUGUCUCCAAGGCGGCCCAUGACAGACAUUGUGUUCACUAUGGACAGAAUAUCAGUCGUAUUAUUGACUGGAAUGACUUUUGUAAAGCAAUACUUGCUUUGUAAGAAUCUACUUUAUACCUGUAGGCUCAACGAUCAGACCGUUUUUAGAUUUUAAAUAUUUAUCUGAGCUCGACUUGGGAAACCCUCAUUCCAUCUCUGUUAUCUUCAGAUGUCUGCAACAAAUAAACCCACUAAUUAUUGUUCUACUUUUAACUGUUCAAAA